AUGGAGUACAACGUACCGGAUCAAAAGGGUCCCAUCGACAUUUCCAACGAGGCCGUAACUUCAUCCGAAGAUAUUAUCUAUAUUUCACCUGAAAGAGAAAGGGCCGCCCUUAGAAAAUUUGACCGAUGGCUUGUUCCAGUGGCAUUUAUCUUCAUGGUUCUGUCUUCUUUGGACCGAAACAAUAUUGGAAAUGCUAAAACAUUCGGUUUCGAGGCGGAUCUCGGACUAAAAGGAAAUGAAUUUGGGAAUAUUACUACCCUUCUAAGUGUUGGUUUUGUUGGAUUUGAGGUCCCAUGGGUCAUGGCGGUCAAGAAGUUCGGCCCCAAUAAAGCACUUGGAACUGCUCUCCUUCUCUGGAGUUCUGUUACUUUGGGUACCGCCUUUAUUCGAAACUACGGUCAGGCUAUCGCAGUCCGCAUCUUGUUGGGUGCUUGCGAAGCUGGGAUAUCGCCCGGAUUUGCGUAUCUAUUUUCAACAAUUUAUCCUCGUCGGGCAGCUGGAAAGCGAAUCAUGAUGACGAAUCUUGCUAAUUGUACAUCCGGUGCUUUUGGUGGCCUGUUUGCAUACGCGGUUCAGACGAUGGGAACCCGCCGUGGCCUCGCACCUUGGAGAUGGCUCUUUAUCGUCGAAUUCUGCCUCACAAUGGUUGUCGGUGGAGUCUGUUGGUUUAUCCUACCACGCUCGCCCGAGGAUGCCUGGUUCCUUAAUGCAGAGGAAAAAGAAACAAUGAGGAUGAGAAAAGAACGAGAUACACUCUACAGAGGCGAAGGAGAGGCUAAUGCCAACCGCAAAUGGAUCAAAGUUUCUUUCACGGACCCGUUUGUUUACCUUGUCGGAAUCGCCUUUUUCACCUCAUCGGUUGCUAUCACUGGCUUUGGAGUCUUCCUGCCUACUAUCAUCCAAGGUUUGGGCUACACGUCUCUCCAGGUCCAAUACAUGACUAUUCCUGUCUAUACUGUUGGUGCCUUUUGUCUUGUGACGAAUUGUUAUCUUUCCGACAGGUGGCAAAGGCGCGCCCCGUUUUUGGUCGUGUGCUGUUUUCCAGUCAUGGUAGGCUAUCUCAUAUGCGUUGGAACACCCAAUUCUCAGGCUGGGUACGCUGGAAUGUUCAUUCUUGUUUUGGGGCUCUACAGUAUUUCUACUCUGGUGGUCGCUUGGGUCGGCACCAACAUGUCACCGGACGGAAAGCGUGCGAUUGCCAUGCCAUUUGCUUAUUCUAUCGCCAAUCUGUCGGCUCUUGUAUCGGGACAAUUGUACCCCUCGUACCAAGGACCAAGGUAUAUACAAGGCAAUGCGAUUUCUGCGGGCUUAACCGUCGUCGCUGCGGGGCUGUACUUCUCGUGUUGGAUGCUGCUCAGAUAUAGAAACAGCAAGAAGGCCAAAAUUAUUGCUGAAGGUGGCACUACAAACGGUUAUACUGAUGACCGAGGCAUCCACUUCGAGUAUAUG